GAGAAUAUCAAGGGACUUGCAAAGUUCACGAAGGGCUACGGUGGUGCUGAUCUUCGGGCCUUGUGCAUGGAGGCAGCCUUGAAUGCUAUUCAACGGCGAUAUCCUCAAAUAUACCAGUCCAGUGACCGACUUCUCCUCAAGCCCGAGACUAUCAGUGUCACAUUCAGAGACUUCAUGAUCUCCAUUAAAAGUAUG